UGGCAGGGCCCGGGCGGCCGGAGCCCGGUGAAGCGCUAAAACGGGUCACGCUUCCUCCUUCCCUCCCCGUCCUUUCUUCUCCUCCCACCUGGGCCUCUGCGUGGGGACGCGCACCUGGCAACCAGCGGCCGCGCUCCGCCGCGCCCCCACCUUCUCCGCUCGGGCCGGGCGCCCCGAGCCUGCCCCGCACUCCGAGCUCGCCCCCGGCUCCCGCCCCUCUUCUCUCUACCGGCCCCGCGCUCGCAGGGGGCGGCCUCGAGCGCUCGCUCGUUGAUGCCGUUUUGGGGGUGACCCGGCGCGGCAGGAGGCGGCGGCGGCGGCGGCGGCGCCUCCACGGUGGGGGCGUGUUAGUGGCCGUGGCUUUGCGGGACGUCGGGUGUGUAGCUGCGGGGUGGCAGGGCGGCCAGCCGGCGAGACCGCGCGUGCAGCUCGGGUUUCGGGACGCUGGAGGAGAGCGCCACGGCCGCGCGGGAGCGGGACAUGUGGGAGCUCAGGCACCGGGGAGGCUGCCCCGGCCCCGUGGGAGCGGUGGCGCCGCCACCCCGCGAGGGAGAGGCGGCCGGCGGCGACCACGAAACCGAGAGCACCAGUGACAAAGAAACAGAUAUUGACGACAGAUAUGGAGAUUUGGAUUCCAGAACAGAUUCUGAUAUUCCAGAAAUUCCACCAUCCUCAGAUAGAACCCCUGAGAUCCUCAAGAAAGCUCUAUCUGGUUUGUCUUCAAGGUGGAAAAACUGGUGGAUUCGUGGAAUCCUUACUCUAACUAUGAUUUCAUUGUUUUUCCUGAUCAUCUAUAUGGGAUCCUUUAUGCUGAUGCUUCUUGUUCUAGGCAUCCAAGUGAAAUGCUUCCAUGAAAUUAUCACUAUAGGUUACAGAGUCUAUCGUUCUUAUGACCUACCUUGGUUUAGAACACUAAGCUGGUACUUUCUACUGUGUGUAAACUACUUUUUCUAUGGAGAGACUGUAGCUGAUUAUUUUGCUACAUUUGUUCAAAGAGAAGAGCAACUUCAGUUCCUCAUUCGCUACCACAGAUUUAUAUCAUUUGCCCUCUAUCUGGCAGGUUUCUGCAUGUUUGUGCUGAGCUUGGUGAAGAAACAUUAUCGUCUGCAGUUUUAUAUGUUCGCAUGGACUCAUGUCACUUUACUGAUAACAGUUACUCAGUCACAUCUUGUCAUCCAAAAUCUGUUUGAAGGCAUGAUAUGGUUCCUUGUUCCAAUAUCAAGUGUUAUUUGCAAUGACAUAACUGCUUACCUUUUUGGAUUUUUUUUUGGAAGAACUCCAUUAAUUAAGUUGUCUCCUAAAAAGACUUGGGAAGGAUUCAUUGGCGGUUUCUUUUCCACAGUCAUCUUUGGAUUCAUUGCCGCUUACGUGUUAUCCAAAUACCAGUACUUUGUCUGCCCAGUGGAAUACCGAAGUGAUGUAAACUCCUUCGUUACAGAAUGUGAACCCUCAGAACUUUUCCAGCUUCAGAGUUAUUCACUUCCUCCCUUUUUGAAGGCAUUGUUGAGACGGGAAACAAUAAGCUUGUAUCCUUUCCAGAUACACAGCAUUGCUCUUUCCACAUUUGCAUCUUUGAUUGGCCCAUUCGGAGGAUUCUUUGCCAGCGGAUUCAAAAGAGCUUUCAAAAUCAAGGAUUUUGCAAACACCAUUCCUGGACAUGGAGGGAUAAUGGACAGAUUUGAUUGUCAGUAUUUGAUGGCAACUUUUGUGCAUGUGUACAUCACAAGUUUUAUAAGGGGUCCAAAUCCCAGCAAAGUGCUACAGCAGUUGUUGGUGCUUCAACCAGAACAGCAGUUAAAUAUAUACAAAACGCUGAAGACUCAUCUCAUUGAGAAGGGAAUCCUACAGCCCACCAUGAAGGUUUCAUCACUUAAAAGACUUGUGUUUUAAAGAGUCACAACACUAUGAGUAAAUUGAGGAUGUCUUGAGAUUGCACCUGGCAAAGUGCCCUUUGCACAAAUAUUUACUUUUGUAGUCGGAGUGGCUCUUCAUUUAAGCAAAAUGUUUUAUGUAAGGCACGAUAGGAAGUUAGUUCUCCUCUACUUCCUCCUCUUUCAGUCUGAAGUAUUUUCUGAAGGGCUGAGUUGGAUCCAAAAAAGAAAGACUGUCCACUUUUCAAAGAAGUAAGUAAUCAUUUGCCAGCGAAAAACAUUCCACUUUUAGGUGAGUUUGAAAUUCAAGAGAGAGGCUGAAAUUUCUACCAUUAUUGGUUUGCCAGGAAGAGCAGACAUCAGACUCUACUUUGAUCGAAUUGUCUGGAAAAACAUAACCUUCUCAAAAACUUUCAAGAGAAACACAGGAGAAUUCUGCUAUGAAGAACAUAUGUUCCCAUCCUCCACCCAUGAUCACAACAGACAGUAGCUCAGGAGGCAGCACUGGAUGAUGACACAUGCAUAGCCCACCUCUUGGUUGAGUUCUCCACUUUUGUUCCCCUGUGAACUGGUUUCCAUAAGUUCUGUAGCCACGAGCAUCAGUACAUAGGGUAGUGAGUAGGGGUGGUGAAUGAGGCAGAGAAGGGGGUGCUCAGCUGAGCCAGAGUGACCCGUCCCUGGAUGCGGCUCAGCACACCUGGGUCCUAGGCACCUACCUCUUGGUUCCCGUGAAGCCCACUGGACCCUCACCUGGGAAGAAGCGAGAUCUGCCUGGAAACCCAUUCCCAGACUAACUCCAUGGUAGCAGCUAAUUUUUAUCACAUUCUUCUUUCACAUCAUGUCAGAAAAUCUGAGGCCAUCAGCUGAUUUUUUUUUUUCUUUCAACAAUGAAAAUCAAGCAGAAGUGAUUCCCACCAAGAACAAAAAGCACACGAAUGCCAAACCUUUCCUUUGGGGGACUGGACACUGUAACCAGAUGAGAAUAAAUUUCUUCUCAGUGGAUGUAAAUAAGCUAUUGUUGCUGUGUGCUCUCUACAGCUGUAUUUAUUGUAUUGUACAGUCAGCACUGAAACCUUCAAAAAUUGCCUAGUGCUCCUUGGCUAAAUGUUCAGAGGAAAAAUAGAUAUAUUUUAAAGAAUGUUUUGCUAAUGAAAAGAGUAAAUAUUUUUGUUUAAAUCAGAAACAAAUUUUAAUUCUUUUAUAUUUCUGUUCUAUUACUCAAAAAAAAAAAUUGCAGAUAUGCCUGGGUUCCACAGAUGUCAUCUAUAACUAGCAGCCUCAUCAUGUGUACUACAGGAUUAUGGUGGAUAUAGUUAAAGUCAGUCCCAAGAGUCUCAUUUCUUGGCGUGGCAUGCACUCAGUCAAUUCAUCGCCACUGGAUGUGUGCAGUCAGCAUUAUUUCACACUAUUCCAUAAAAAUUUAGAAUUGGCAUUGGAGGUAUUAUUACAGAAGGAAGUGAUUAUUUUUUAAAAUCAGACUACCUUUAAGUUAAUUUUCAACAUUGCUCAUUUUUACUUGCUGCAUUAAAAGCUCCAAAUGUAGAUCAUAAAAGAAUUUACUUACCAAAAUUUAAAAAAUAAAAUUAAAAUUUUGUAAUAGGAACUUACGUUGAAAACAUGGUGAAUUGCACCGUAAGAACUUGGAGAUAUGCAGUUCCCUCUGCAUUUUUCUUUAAAGUGAUGAGUGAGGCACUGCAAAACAGAAUUAUGAGCACAUUACUGAAUACGUAUUAUAAAAUCAAUAUUAUGGUAAACAAAAUAUGAAGCUAGAAAUAUUUGGGGUCACAGUAAUAGCUAUCCUCAAAUACAUUUAGAGUUGGAUGUAUAUUAUUCUAUAUGUAAAAAAGUAAAUUCUUAAUUUUAACAACACUCUCAAGGUUGACGUUUUUAGUGUACUUUUAUAGCAUGUAUAUUAAAAUAGAAUAUAUUUUAUCAAGAAUAUACUUUAGGGCUUCCCUGGUGGCACAGUGGUUGAGAGUCUGCCUGCCGAUGCAGGGGACACGGGUUCGUGCCCCGGUCCGGGAAGAUCCCACAUGCCGCGGAGCGGCUGGGCCCGUGAGCCAUGGCCGCUGAGCCUGCGCGUCUGGAGCCUGUGCUCCGCAACGGAAGAGGCCACAACAGUGAGAGGCCCGUGUACCGCAAAAAGAAAAAGAAAAAGAGGAAAUAAAAAAAUAUACUUUAGCUAAGAUUGCCAUAAAACCCUGACUUUGAUCAUUUUUAUAUUUGCACUCUGAAGAGGGUUUAUAUUCCAGUGUAGCAAUGUGAUGGCAGAAAAAUGAAAGACUAGGAACUUCCUUUACAGUAAUGGCUAAUUGUUCCAAAUUUGCUGUUUGGAGAGGUACUCUAAUGGUACUAGCUGCUUAGUACAAAUGUUUCCUCAGUGCUUUUCCCCUUGUGGUGGUGGGUAUACAUUUUACUGUCUGAGAAUAAAAAGACCACACCCACACACACGCACACACCACCGUUUUAUUCUCUUUUAUAGUAUCUCUUCAUUUGUAAUUUGGUUUGAACAAAGAUAGUACCACCUUGUUCAGGGGAAAAGAAAAAGUGGAAACAGUGUAUACUGUAUAUGGGUGGGAGAUAGCUUUUGAUAUGUGUCAAUCAGUUCGCUGAACCUUUUACUGAAACUGAGAUAGGAAAAUAAAACUGAAACAAAUCACAUUUUGACUCUGUUGUGCCAUUUUCUCUUUGGAGAGGGAACAUUCAUUCAACUAGUGUUUACAAAAUGACAAAUACAGAAAUACUGUAUGCUGUGUAUAUUUCAUCACCGAUACCUACAGUGACAUCUUCAGGGCUGGGAAUAAAUAAGUUCUGGUGAUCACUGAACAUGUGUGUUUGUCUAGAGGUGAUGUCCUCUUAAUUGAAAGAGCACCGAAUUUCUAGG